UACUUCCGACAAAUGACGAUCAGUAACGAACCAACCCGAUAGCGUUGUAUUUUACUUACAUGCCUAAAAUGCCUAAAAAGGAAUUAACUCAGUUUUAGGAAUCCCGGUUUGUGUGCAUUGGGUGCCGAAGUAUAUAGAUCAGUGGCAACAAAUCUGCUCAAUCCGAGGGUUAAGUGGAAAACAGUCCCGGCCGUCCCGGCUACAUCAGCGACUAGCAAUUUAUCUAGUUUCAAGCAAGUUGUUGUGGUUGCUGUUCUACGGGGGCCGUGUUUCACGUUCGGCGUAACGCCGUCUUCGAGGUUCCGACCAACCAACCAACCAACCAACGUUUCCCGACAUCGUGCAGCCUUCGACAACCGACUAAAGUCGCCUUUCGCUCAAGCUUCGUGGCGCCAAACGGUGGCCAUCAGGGUGCCGAAGGACCACUGAAACAAGGAUUUGCCAUUUGAGACCAUGUCUUCCAACAUGGCAACCAGUGCAAAACCUCUUAAAGUGACUACUUCUUACAAACAAAAUGAAUUGAAACUGGUAAAGGUAGCAAUACGAAGAAGCAAUCUUAAAGCUGUUGGCAAUUCGCAGCCUCUAGAAAGGGGUAUCGAGAACCCUUUUGCAAUAACAGCCUUUGUGAAUAUCUCUGGUGGUCCAUUUGGGGUGAAGUUAUUCAACAAAAUCACACCCAAUACAAUUGAAAUACCUGCGGAAGCUUAUUGCAAAACCAAAACUACGCCCACUGCACGGGGUACAGCGCCACCGCAAGAGCAGGAGCCAGGUCCAUCCAGACCACGAUCAGCAAGUUGCUCUAGCGAUGAAGGACACCAGCAAGAAGACAGGUGUCGAUCAAGAAGUCGUGAGAAAUUCAAAGCAAAUGAAGCGGCACAAGCAGCGAAACAAGUGCCAAGUACUGAGCGCAGUACACACCCUCCGUACGAGAAUGCAGAACGGUAUGACAAACGAAAGUCAAGGCGAUCGGGGAGUAGAUCACCAUCGUUGAGGCGCAGCCGAUAUUCUUACAGUCCUAGCCGACGCCACAGCCCAGGAAAUGGCCGACAUCGCAGCACAAGCAACAGUCCACACAAUAGAUCUCGAUCCAGAAGUAGUGAGAGGCUAAAAGCGAAUGAGGCAUCACCGUCAGCGAGACAAAAGCGACGCACACCAGAUCGAGAUCGCGGGAGAUCUCGAUCACCGGUCCGAAGCACUGGACGAUACGACAGGCGGAAGUCUGGGCGCUCGGGAAGUCGGUCGCCAUCAUCGAAACGCAACCGGUAUCACAGUCCUAGCCGACGUUACAGCGCCAGAAAUGGGCGACAUCAUAGCCCCAGCAUCAGCCCUCACAACAGAUCCCGAUCAAGAUCAAGAAGCAGUGAGAAACUCAAUACGAGUGAUCUCUCGCAGGCUGGGAGACAAAAGCGCCAUACACCAGACCGCGAAAGGGAAAGAUCACAAUCUCGUACCGGUCGUUAUGACAAACGGAAGUCUGGGCGGGCGGACUCACCUGAGUUUUAUGGCCGAGGAGCUGUGCCGCCUUAUUUUGAUCCGGCUUUAAUACGUGCGCCAAUUUCGUUUUAUCCGGCCAUGCCCCCUUACUACCCACCUGGUAUGCCACCUGCGUUCUUCAAUCAGCCAUUUUUUCCUGCCCAACAUCCGGGAGCUUUCGGGGCGGGAAAUUAUCAUCCACGUAAAAGAUUGCCGCAUUACAUGAAUCGGAAGAUUCAAGUUGUCACUAACUCAACGGGUACAUCAAGGAACCCGUCUAUUUCUGAAGGCGAUGCGACGCAAACUAGCACUGUUGUUAUAUCGGAGAUUACAGCAGGUACAGAAACUGCGUAGCUUCGACUAUCCUAAGAGAUGUUUCUUUAGUUUAAAACACUCCAACUACAUGUUUGGAUUUUUAGGUCGCAAGUGGCAACCACAUUUAAAGCCUUUAUUUUGUAAAUAUUUAUUUCUUAUUUAACACGAAUAUUUUUUAUAAUGUACAUAGAUAUUUAUGUAAGUUCAUACUGAUAGAUUUCAUCAGGAUUGAUUCAAAUAUUAUUAAUUGAUACACGUUGUAUUAUCUGCAACUUAAAUGGAACUAGCUUGUCCGCAAACAUUGUGGGAGUCGAGGGUAGAAAUAAUUUGCAGUUAUAUUUCUUAUAUUUUUAGUUGGAAUUUAUUGUACCUAAUUGUAUGAGGUGUUAUGCAGCAACAUGUAUGAAGCAUUGUGGACUUGAGAUAGUACGUGAACAUCAAGUUUCAAUUAAUUUGAAAUUUGGUAAUUAGUAUUAAUUUCUCCUCUUUGAUAAAAUAAUUUUUGUAUUAAUAAAGUAAUGAAUGGCCGAA